AUGCCGCGGCCCAGCUCCCCGUCCCUCCGCCGGGCCCCGUCGCCCCCCCCGUCACCCCUGACGAUCCGCUUCCCGUCGCGGCGCAGCGUCGUGCACAGCACCGACGGCAUCGUCGCCUGCACACAGCCCCUCGCGGCAAAGUGCGGCCUCGAUGUGUUGCGCGCCGGGGGGAACGCCGCUGAUGCAGCCGUCGCGGUUGUCGCCGGUCUCAACAUGACGGAGCCCGGCUCCACAGGCAUCGGCGGCGACAUGUUCGUCCUCUUCUGGGACGCCGCCAGCAAGCAGGUCAAGGCCUUGAACGGCUCGGGCCGCGCCGGGGCCAAGUACACCCUCGACACGAUCCGCCGGGAUCUCGGCAUCCCAGACGGCACUGUCGGCGAGAUCCCCCCCCACAGCGCCCACGCCGUCACCGUCCCCGGCGCCGCGGCUGGCUGGGUCGACACGGUCGAGCUUUUCGGCAGCGGCAAGCUCGACAUGGCCGCCAUCCUGGACCCGGCCAUCCAACUUGGCGAGAGGGGAUUCCCUGUCUCCGAGGUGAUGGGUAACUACUGGACUGCUUCCGAGUCGUUCCUCCGCAAAGCCUCGCCCAACUUUGCCGAGAUGCUCAAAAAGGACCCGGCCGCAGACGACGGCGUCCGCGCACCGCGUGCCGGCGAGGUGAUGAAGAACCCGACGCUGGCUAAGACGUUCCGCACCCUGGCCGCCGAGGGCAAGCGAGGCUUCUAUACAGGCCGCAUCGCCGAGGAGCUCGUCAAGGUGGUGCAGGAUCUCGGCGGCCGCCUGGAGCUCGACGACCUCGCCUACCAUCUCGACACGGGCACCCAGCCGACGGAGCCCAUCUCGCUCAAGUUCCGCGGCCAGGGGCUCGGGGAGGACAAGGGAGUCGAGCUGUGGGAGCACCCGCCCAACGGGCAGGGCAUCGUCGCCCUCAUGGCGUUGGGCAUCAUCCAGGAACUCGAGAAGCAAGGCGCGAUCCCGACCUUUGGGCCCUCUGACUUCAACUCGGCCCCCUACCUCCACGCCAUCAUAGAAGCCCUCCGUCUGGCCUUUGCCGACGGCUACUGGUUCGUGACGGAUCCGGAUGUUGUCGACGUGCCCAGCGCAGGCCUCAUCUCCGAAUCGUACCUCGCCGAGCGCGCCCGCCUCUUCGAACCGUCCCGGACGGCGGCCAAGCUCAGCCACGGCGACCCGCCAGCCUUUACGUCGCCGGCGCUUCGGAGCAGCGAUACCGUCUACUUUUCGGUGACGGAUGCCGCGGGCAACGCCGCGUCCUUCAUCAACUCCAACUACGCCGGCUUCGGCACGGGCAUCAUCCCGCGCGGGUGCGGCUUCACGCUGCAGAACCGCGGCGCAAAUUUCUCCCUCGACAGCCGGCACCCGAACCGGCUCGCGCCUCGCAAGCGGCCCUACCACACCAUCAUUCCCGGAAUGGUGACCAACCUGGCCGACGGGUCGCUGCACUCGACCUUUGGCGUCAUGGGCGGCUUCAUGCAGCCCCAGGGCCAUGUCCAAGUGCUGCUGGGCCAGCUCGUCGGCGGCCUCAACCCGCAGCAGGCGCUUGACGCGCCGAGGGUGUGCAUCGUCGCCGACACACCGGUCGACGGCCUGGGAGGGACCGAGUGGACGGUCAACGUGGAGGAGGGCAUGCCGGAGGCCACCGUCCAAGGGCUCAAGAAACUGGGCCACAAGGUAGUGGUAGUCGACGGUGCGCACAGGGGGCUGUUUGGACGGGGCCAGAUCAUCCGGUACGCCGUCGAUCUGGCAGACGGCACGCCCGUAUGGUCGGCGGGAAGCGACAUGAGAGCUGACGGGGCCGCAUAUCCGGCGUGA